CAAGCACAAACAAUAAAGAAGCGACAUUUCAAUUCAUUUUAAGAAAAAAAUACCAUUCCAAGACAAAAACCGUUAUGGCUCCCAGCAAGACAGCGGCUAAACAAAAUUCAGGAACAACCAAAACAAACAAGCACCAGAGAACAGCAUGGAAAAGAAAACAGCUGAGCCUUAGGAAGCUGAAGGCAGAGAUGGAGGAGAUCAAGGUGGGAAUGGAGAUGAUCAGGGCGAGGGUGGAUAUGAUUUCUCAGGGACAAAAGCAUUUAAAAGGCAAAAGAUCAAAUGGAAAAGAGAAAGCAAGCAUGGAAAAGCUUAUGUACUCAACACUACAUCAUGCCACAGGGGAGCGAGGAACAAAGCAGGCUCAUGCCAAAAAGCGACAAAAGCUGGACGUCAAGUUCAACAAACAGCUUAAGAAAAAGAAGAUGGCUCUGCUGAGGAUGGAAGCAGAAGCUGCAGAGGCAAGAGCAGAAACCAGCCACAUGAGAGAGGAAGCAGCAGAAAUGGUAGAAGCGAUGGAGGAGAAAGAAGCUGACGUGGAGCUUUUGAGGAUGCUACAUAACCAGCUGUUUGCUGACAUGCUUCACAUCUCAGAAGCAGAAGAAAGGCUCAUGGAGAUCCUACUAUCCUAGGGCAUGCAUAGGACAGAAAUAAUUGGAAGUUAAACAUCCAGACCCUGCUUUAUGUUCGAAUACUAUUUCAUUCCCUAAAUCCAUGUAAAUAUUUGCCGCUUCUGUAUGUUUCAAUAAUAGAACUCAAUCUCUGGGGUCUGUUAGGCUAACAAGAAAAAAAAACAGAGAAAAAACUACUUGGUUUCUGCUUUACCUAUUUAUGCUAUUUGUUCUUAAGUCUGCAUAAAUCCGUGUCCCUUCU